AUGUUACAAAAGGCUUUAUUUCCACCGCCACGUCCGAAAUUGAUCGAGGCUUUUCAGAGAUUCUUCCAGCCUCAGUCGGAAAUCAAACUCUUAUUCCAGUCUGAAUCCAUGUGCUGUUGGGAUAUGUUGACAUCAUCAACCUCCUUGUAUGGCGCGAGCACCGAUCCUGCAUUCAUCCCGAUAAAACUCGCCCUCGCGAAUUGGAAGAUAGUUUGGGACGACGUCCGUGCCGAGGUCACGAGGUCAAUGGUACAUGAGUCCGGUUUCGAAACCUCGGCUGACAGUUAUUGGACAUUGACAAAACUCAUUGUGCAGAAAUUGGAACGAAAACCAUACUCGACACAAGGUGCCGAUGGUAAUGGUGAGGCGAACGGCACCGAUGACAUAAGUGAGUCAGGGACGGGUAAUCUCCUUGACUUCAUGCCACUGGAGGCAGACUGUGAUAGUCAUGGUGCUCAUCUGAGGAAGAUUUUGGGACGAUAA